AUGCCUUGCAACAUGCGGGCUUUGUGUUGCCUCCGGCACCAUCGUGCCCGGGCACAUUGCCUUGCGACAUGCAAGCUUUGUGUUGCCUUCGGCACCUUCAUGUUCAGCCACAUUGCCUUGCGACACGCAAGCUUUGUGUUGCCUUCGGCACCCCGGUGCCUAGCCACAAUGCCUUGCAACAUGCGAGCUUUGUGUUGCCUCCGGCACCAUCAUGCUCGGCCACAUUGCCUUGCUACAUGCAAGCUUUGUGUUGCCUUCGGCACCUUCAUGUUCAGCCACAUUGCCUUGCGACACGCAAGCUUUGUGUCGCCUCUUGCACCAUCGUGCCUAGCCACAUCGCUCUGCGACAUGCAAGUCUGGUGUUGCCUUUGGCACCCUUGUGCCUAG